AAACUCGUGCAGUGCUUUUAGUUUGAAAGUCUUGACAGGAAAUGAUGUCAUGUUUCUUGGUGGACCCAGACAGAGCUGUCAGCCAUUAGGAAACACUUUCUACGACACGCAGCGAUGCUGGUGACGUUGUUUUAACGGCUGUAUCACCCCCUCGUUGACACAAGAUGGCGCCGUGUCGUCACCUCACUGCACACGUCGGGGGAGCUGGGCAGUUUGAGUUUGAGGCUGAGGAACUUCUUGAUGGUUCCCACGGUGACGCGACUGGAGCAGCGAAUGAAUCUCUUCAUCAGAUCCUGAUUGGGCGGAGCUGAGCUAUAAGAGCGCAGGAGAGCGCCACGGCAGCAUCACAAUCCCAGCACACCGGACACACGAUGGGCCUGCGCAGCGUGGAGGAACUGGUGACCGGUAAGCGGCCGGAGGGCAAAGAGGCCGACGGCGUCCAUGGCGGCAAGUACGAGGCGGCGGUCAAGCAGGAGAAGCGGGAUGACCUCCGGUCCCACCGCCAGCUUCUGGGCGGCGGCCUGUCGGAGGAGAGCGACAGCGGCGGCGAAGUGGAGGAAGUCAGCGUGGCGGCUCUGCAAAUGGACAAAUGCGGCCGCCUGCGUCUGGAGACGGUGGACGACUUGUUCAACAUCCUGCAGCUGAGGAAGAGGAGGAGGGAGAGGAAGGCUCCCGGCCACAAGAAGCGUCAUCAGCCUGACGUGGAGAUCCUGCCCGACACGGUGGACGCCGCGCUCUUCCUCGCCGCCGCCAUGGACAACAAGAUGGCGCUGGUGGAGAAGUACCUGAGCGAGGGAGGACAGCCCGACACGGCCGACCACUUCCUGAGGACGGCGCUGCACAAAGCCUCCUUCAAAGGUCACGUGGAGGUCAUGACCAGGUUGCUGGACGCCGGCGCCGCCAUGGACAGGAAGGACAAGCUGGAGGCCACGGCGGUCCACUGGGCGUGCCGAGGAGGAAACCUUCCUGCCCUUCAGCUCCUCCUCAAACGUGGUGCCAAGUUCACCGCCAGAGACAAGCUGCACAGUUCUCCUCUGCACGUGGCCGUCAGGACGGGACAUCACGAGUGUGCCGAGUACCUCAUCCACUGCGGCGCCGACGUCAACGCCAAAGACCGGGACGGGGACACGCCCAUGCACGACGCCGUGAGGAUCAACCGCUUCAAGAUGAUCAAGCUGCUCAUGCUCUACGGCGCCGGCCUGCACGUCAAGAACAGCGACGGGAAGACGCCGAUGGAGACGCUGUACUCCUGGCAGAGCGGCGCCAAGAGCCUCCUCUUCCACGUCGGCGAGGAGAACGCCGAGCGGAGGAGCGCCAAGCUGCCGUGACCUCAUCAAAAGUGGACGAGGGUGGAUUUUUUUUUUUCUCGUUUCCUUGACGGCCGUGCGGGGAGGGGGCGUGGCAAAGCCGUGACAGGGCGGUCCCUCAGGUCGCCGUGUUGUCGGGAAAUGUGAAAAGCGAUCGCGCGACGACUGCGUCGAAUGUCGCUGGGCGACAUUUUUGUUUUGGAUGUCGGCGACGCUUCCUUUCUUUCUUGGUGACCAUAGAGACCUACUUUGUUGAUAUCCAUUGUUUGAGUCAUGUUCGCUAACUUUACCGUACAAAUGAUGUCAUUUACAGUAAUGCACUAUUUAUUAUUAUUAUUAUUAGCCUUUAUUUAACCAGGUAAAAUCCCAUUGAGAUCUUUGAUCUCAAUGGGAUUAACUAUAGAGACCAGCGUGAACAAAACCAGGGUAAAACUGUAAAAUCUACAGAUAUUUUUUUUAAUGUUUUCUUUAUCAUCGCAUGUUUUCAUUUCUUUGUGCUUUUCUCUUUGAUU